GUGUAAUAUAGAAAAAAUUUAAUAACGACAAUAUAGAUAAUAGACGUUUCUGUUUCUAUGUGUGUGUUGGUACCUUGUUGAUGAUAAAUUUAUAACAUUUAUAACCUCAUAAUUAAUAAUGAAUCAAGCUAAAGUUACAAAUUUAGUAUCACAAUUAAAUUUUAAAGUUCAGAAUAAAGCUAGAAGGCUUAAAAGUUUUGAUGGACCUGAAGGCAGAGUUAGAAAAAUCCAAAAAACAUUGACAGCACUUUUUAAAUAUGAGAGAAUUGAAUUGUUUUACAACCGUGCCGAUGAAGUUAGAGGUUACGCUGACAGGCUGAUAUCAGAAGCUAUUCGUCAUGGACCGAGUCACGAGGAAACGAUGGCCCUGGCUGACUUUUGGAUUUUAGAAAAGCAGUAUGUUCAUAAAUUGUUUAAAGUUUUGGUACCGAGAUAUCAAGACUACUCAAAUACGUCUUUUACCAAAAUGCAUCGACUUGAAAAACGUUAUCCCGAUGCUUGCUACUGGAACUCUGUUCUUGAACUCAAAGGGAAUCCUUUUCCCAGUAUAGACCAAGUCAAUCCAUAUAAAAGUCAACUAAUCCACAAUGUGCUGCUGGAUGAAGCUAGAAAAGAAUUUAGAUUACAAAAAUACAAAGAUCUUGCUGAUAAUCUUACUCAAUAAAUCUCGAAGGAUAGUGUUGUCCAUAUUCCUUUAAAUGCUCUUCCAUUGUCAGCAUUUGUUUCCUAUAAUUAUAAAAAUUAAUAAUCUAAAAUUUUUAUAAUUUAAAAAAAAAUAAAUAGAUUACUUUAUGUGUGCUGGCAUGUCAUGGUAGACAUCAGUAAACAAUUCUUUCCAAUGGGGCUUUAAUAGUUUUUCAGCAGCUGUAAACUCUGUCAUAAAUUCUGAUUGCGUUGAUUUAUGUAACUCUGAUUCUUUUUCGUCAUCCCACAGGCCAAUUGUUUUUAAAUAUUCACGAAAUUUAAUUAUGGGAGAUUGCUUAAUCCAUUGAUUUAUUUCUUCAAUUGAUCGAUAAGCUGUACUGUCAUCUGAUGUACUGUGAUGGUUUACACUUAUGAAAAUAAAAAAUACAUUUCAGAGACAUUAAUAAAGGUUAAAAAUAAAUAAAAGUUUAAAAUAAUUACCGGUAAGUCAUAGCUUCUAUUAAAACAGGUUUUCCGUUAUCAAUACAAUAGUCACGUGCAACUUUAGUAGCAUGAUGCAUCGCUAGUAUGUCAUUGCCGUCUACUCGGACUGUUUGAAUUCCGUAUGCUGGUCCACGGGCUGCUAUUCCAUCACCUCGGUAUUGUUCAUUUGCAGGAGUUGAUAUUGCGUAUCCAUUAUUACGGC